UACAUAAUUGUACAUUGCAGAGGGGAGGGGCGAGAAUACAUUCCAAGAGUAAAAAAUACAGGAUUAGUUCUAGGAAUUCACAGAAAAGUAACGAAGCAGGUGCACUUUAUUACAAAAUUUCUACAAUUGAACAUUUGAAAAAUGUAGGGGCUGCAAUGUAGGCAGGUCAUUCCAGUCGAUGCUGGUCCCAAAGAUCAGUGCCGACCGCAAUCACCUGCCAUAUGCAAUCUUUAUAGCCUUCAGCGAAAUUAACACAUCUGCCUUCGUAGAGCGGUCAGUACACUACACAUAACAGCGUCAGGAGGUCAGGCAUGUAAACAACUGUGGUCAGAAAGCAUUCUGAAAAUGCAUGAUUAUGAUUACUUGUGGCAAGAUGUAUGUUUACAUUGUAGGAAUGGCAAAACUAAAUUGGAAGCGCAGGCAUAUAUUCUUUCAAAAUGUGAGCAAGGGCCACAAUAGGCAGUUAGGUGCUUUUUUUUUGCAUACCAUGGAUGUUUUAAAGUAGUCAUUGCUGUUGAUUUGUGUGCGUGAGUGGUUGCGAAACAAAACAAUUUACACAGACUCUGAAGCUGUUGCUUCACACAAUUCACAUUUCAGAGUGUUGUUUGGUUCGAUGAUGCUAACAGCAAUGUGCCCACUGGGAGGGAGUGCACAGGCUGUGCUAUCUGCAUUUCUCAGUCUUUGUGCGAGUUGUGAUUGUGGUGCCAGCAUGUGACUGUCCACCGAGCUUAAGCUUGCACUCUGUGUUUCCUUUAAGAAUAGUUAACUUUGUAGCUGUGUCCAUUGUUCUAAGGGAACACACAAGUGCACGGCCAGCAGUUUUGAGAGUGCUUCAGCUCUGGUAGGCUCAAGCAGCGCCUAAAUACUGUAUAGGCACAAAGUACGGAGCUAGAGAAGCCUGUUUCAUAAGCUGCAGGCACACACUGCCAAGCUUUCUACAGCGGUAAAUUCAAUUCUGGCACAAAAAAUGUAUUGCUUCUUCUACACACGGGCCAAGCUGCACUUCUAGGCAUAAGCAAACAGCACAUGCAGAUUUUGCUGUGCCAGGAACAAGCUUUUGCACCUUGCCUUCUACGCCAGGUGCAAAACAAACAUGCUUGCGUACAAAUGUGAAGCGUCUAUAAUCUGCAGAUGCAUAAUAGUGUGAUAUCCAGAGAGUAAAAUCUGCAUCGUACCAAAACCUAUUUUAUGGUGACAAAUAUCUUUAUAUAUUAGAGUUGAUGCUUACUUAUUUCAUUUAUUUGUUGAUACUGUGAAUCCCAUCACGGAUUGUAACAGGAAGGGCUGUACGUGAUACACAGGGACAUGGUAUAAGGUGUUACAUACUAAAUCUUAUACAAUAAAGAAUUUGGGCAUUUAACAAUUUGAUUACAUGAUUAUACAAGAGAAUAACAAGAACGAAGAGGAUAUGACAACAAUAAUUAUAGUUGCAGAAACCAGUUACAGGGUCAGUAUUGAGGUAGUAAAAGUCACGCAACAAUCAAGGUUACAAUAAUGCCAACAAGAAAUAUAUUGCAUCAUUGCCGUAAUUAUAUUCAAGCACAAACACCGUUAAAAUAACAAGGCAACAAGGAACUACGUAAAUAAUGAAAAGAAUUAUUGCUGCAAUACGUAUAGUUGAUCCGUAAUCAGGGUACCAAACGUAUCUAAGGAUGAGCUGUCAGUGUUAAGAUUAUUCCAUUCGCUUGUCGCCCUUGGAAAAAAUGAGUAUUUGAAAAUAUCAGUGCGGAAUGAAAAUUCGCUUAAUGUGUGUGUGAGUUUAUGACGAGUUAAUCUAUUUGAGGACGUUGAUAUAUAUUUCAUAAUUGGCAGUUUGAGUUGAUUGUGUAUUAACUGAUAUAUGAUUUUUAGUCUAGCCAGCUUGGCUCUGUUAUCCAUGGUUAGAAGUUCUCCCCAUUUCAGCAAUGCUGUUGGUGAGUCUGUGAUGGAAUGUUUAUUAUAUAUGUAUCUCAGCUCUUUUCGCUGUACACCUUCAAGUUUUUUUAAUCAUCUUGUUAGUAAACGGGAACCAAACGGUGUUGGCGUACUCUAGAACCGGUCUUAUAAGUGUUUUAUAUGCGAGUAACUGUUUCAGAUGGUGCUAGUUUAAGGCGUCUGUUAAUGAAGUAUAGCAGUCUUAUUGCGGUUGAUGUGAUAUUGUUAAUGUGAGAAUCGCACCUGAAGUCAGAUGUUAGUGUCACGCCAAGGUACUUAAGCUCAUGAACAGAUGCAAGAGGAAUGUUGUUCAGUGUGUACUGGAAGGCUGAUGUGCUUUUUUUCUGGUUAUAGAUAAUAGAACGGACUUUUCUAGAUUGAUAUCCAUCUGCCAGUACUUACUUAUGUGGUUCAUACUAACCAUGUACUCAACAUAAUAAGCCUGCGGGGUUCUGAAUGCUUAUCUACUUUUGCCCACAGGUGCAAAUGUGCGACCGAUGGACAGAGUGGGAGGACAAUCCAUAUGAAGACCACACAUAUGUCCAGCACCUCCCCAUUGGGUUCAACGGAAAAUCAUUUUCUAAAUCGCUAUCAAGUGACGACAUCUUAUUUUACACUGGUAUAUCCCAGACCGUGUUUGAGAGGCUCGUAAGAGCAGUUUCAAUCCUGGCAAAGAAGCCAGCUGUUCUAACACAUUCUGACCAGUUAUUACUGUGCCUCAUGAGGCUUCGCCUUGAGCUAUUGUAUGGUCACCCCGCACGGAUUUUUCAAAUCUCUGUGUCAAGUGUUAGCAACCACGUGACAUACAUACUCGGCCUGCUCUGCAAGAUAAUGAAGAAGGUUGUAAUCUGGCUGCCAAAAUCCCACAUUCAAAACAGCAUGCCAGAUUUCUUCAUUGAAAAUAAGCAUGACGACACCACAUGCAUUCUUGACUGCACAGAGGUGUUUUUGCAGCGCCCCAAAAAGCUAAUGGCCAGGGCACAAACAUUCAGCAGCUACAAAGCACACAACACCGCGAAGUUUCUUGUAGCAAUUGCCCCAAAUGGGUUUAUAAUGUUUGUGUCCAAAGCUUAUGGAGGGCGUGCCUCGGACAAAUUCAUUACCAACAGCAGUGGCAUCAGCGACUACCUGGUAUAUGGCGAUGUUGUGAUGGCAGACAGGGGUUUCGCCCUCACAGAUGAAAUACAACUACAAGGCGUUCGAUUGAACACACCCGCAUUUACGAAAGGAAAACCACAACUGAGUGACAAAGAGGUGACGAGCACAAGACGCAUUGCAUCUGUUCGAAUUCAUGUCGAGCGUGCAAUAAACAGGAUUAAGACUUACAGGAUCUUUAAGCAAGCACUUCCCAUACCGUCAAAGAAAAGCAUUCGCAACAUGGUAUUUGUAUGUGCAGGACUCUGCAACAUGAAGUCCGAAUUGAUCAAGAAGCCAAGUGCUUAGGAAAAUAAACAGACUUGCUUGUAUUGGUUUUAUGUUAUACCUUUGCAUCCUAUUCUUGUACUCUGCGGUGCAGCUAAAGUGUUGAAUGAAAUAGAAGAGAACAGUGGAAGUGGAUUGCAAAUCUGCAUGGCUGUGUCAUUUGCAAGAUUUCCUAUGCCCCAUGCUCUUUUUUCAUGUACUCCAGUGCAGUACUAAAAGGUACUUACACUCAUAUUUAUCUAUUUGGCAUGGUUUUAAAUUUGACAAAUUGUUGAGUACUCAUUAGGUAUAUCUAGACUUCCAUCAUUGUGCAUGUCUACCAUGCGUGGAAGCAAUUCAGCAAAGUAAAAUUUCUUUAGCCGUGGCAUAUUUUUGGCUAUGUAGGCAGGGUCAAAAGGGACAUUAAUGAGCACAUCACUUUGAGCGAUCCAUACAUAAAAAAAGCAAAGUGGCUUCUCAGUGCACAGCAGCUGAAGUUGCACCUGACUGUAAUAGCCAUUUGGCCCAUUUUCAGCUAGGAACAAUGUCCCGUCCUGGCCUAGCCUGACAUCAUACUUUCCUUGCCCAAUUAGCUGUGUGAUGUAAUGCACAUAUGGGCAUUUUAUUUCAACAAUGGCAUUUGGAUUGUCAAUCAUGCCAUCAGGGCUAGCCGAAAGC